AUGUUAUUACAUGAUUCAUAUUUUCUUUCUUCAAAUGCAACAAUAAAUAAAACAUAUGAUACAGUAACAAUAGCAUAUUCACCAUUAUUUCAUUCAAGAUUUACAUUGAUUAUAAGUAUAUUUGGUUUUUUUUUUAAUCUGAUAUGUUGUAUUAAAAUUUGGUUUAUUAUUUAUCAAUAUCAAAAACGAAAACUAAAUAGAAUUCAACAAAAACAAUCACAAGAAUCGAUACACAUAUUAUCACAUAAAAAAUAUCGUUUUCUUUUUAUAUUAACAAGUAAUGAUAUUCUUUUAUGUUUUUCAUCAAUAAUAAGUUGUUUGGAUGAACAAUAUUUUUUUCAAUCAUUUCUUGCUCGUCAUCAUUUAUGUUCUGCUCAUAUUUUAUUAUGGAAAUUUACUCUACAUUUUGUACCCUUAUUAAUUAUAGUCAUAUUAUGUCGUUAUCAUUAUAUAUUAAGUAAAGAAUUUCAAGUUAAAUCAUCACAUUUAUCUACAUUAAAACAAUUAUUAUGUACAGAUUUAAGUAUUUUAAUACCAUUUGUACUUGCAUUAGCAUGGUCAGUAGAUGGUUUAUGGCUAUGGGGUGUUGCAAAUAUAAAAGAUUAUAUUGUUCCUCCUUCAUCAUCAAUGAUUGAGAAUCAAUAUGGAAAUGAAACUAAGAAUAUAACUAUAUAUAAUUCGAUGAAUAAAACUAAUAUAAAUAUGACUUCCAUAGAUUCAAAUUUAUUAUCAAUAAAAUCAGAAGAUCCAUAUGAUAAUAAUCAUUAUUUAAUGGAACAAAAAAAAAUAUGUUAUUUACAAACAAAUCAUAAUUUUAAUUUUACUGUUCGACUUGUACAUUUAAUACAAGCUGAUUUUCUUCUUCUAUUUUCCUUACAUUUAACUGCUCUUGUUCUUGAAACAGUUUUACAUAUUCGUUUAUGCUGUUGUAUAAUAACUAGAAAAGUUACAUCAUCAUUUACUCAUGAACGACAAAUCUGUAUUUAUAUACUUUAUAUAUUUACAACAGUAACAUUAACAUCAAUACCAUUUUAUUGUUAUCGUGCAAUUGAAAUAAUAUUUGAUACUCAAUUAAUAUCAAUAAAUAAUGAAAUUAUGAAUAGUCGUAUAUUUUCUCAAAUAUUAUUAUUUGGUACAUGUUUUAAACCAUUAUUAUUUUUUAUAUUAUUUUGUCCAUCAUCAAUUUUAUUUAAAUUAAAAUGUUAUUCAACAUGUUAUUCAUCAGAAAAUUUUCAAAUAAUGGAACAAAAUAAACAAAUAUUAUCACCAUCUAAUAAUCAAAUUCGUUUAAGUCAAAGACAACCAAUAAUUUCUUCACGACAUCAUCGUUAUUCAUUAUUUAUGGGAUCAUCAUGUUAUCCAAAAUUUCAUUCAAAAUUACGAACUCAAUCAAAUCAGGAUUUAUCAACAAGUCAUCUUCGUCAAGAUUCUGUAGCAAAUUCUGAACAUUAUUAUAGUUGGUUACAAUUAACUCAUUCAAUUAUUGUUAAUAAUAAUAAUAAUAAUAAUAAUAAUAAUAAUACUAAUGUAGCAUCGAAUAUGAAAUUCGUAUAA